AUGAUUGGACUUUUGGCCAUCACUUCCAUCCCCACUGUCACGGGCGUGUCUUUUGCUGUGACAGAGCAGCGAAAAGCAAACCAACGUCGCGAAGAUGCGCGUCGAAUGAAGAAAUUCAACAUCGACGCAGUAUGCACAGGCGAUACAGACGAUGACCGGGAUUUAAAUGGAAGGAGAGUGGUAGUACGAGAUGAAAAAGUCUGGCUCGAUGACCCCAAUCCUUCCAAACGAUCUAUUCCCGCUUUCACUGCUUUGGCAUUUUAUAUCGAAUAUCCGGAAUUGGAGGAGACGAAAGGUCGAGAUCGUGGUCUCGGGCUUCCUACACAUGUCUCUGACAACCCGCCCCUGCUUAAUUGGAUCUAUGCUGAUAAGGAUACGUAUGAGUUGAAAACUGGGAAUCGGUCGCAGAGCGUGGAGCAUCUGGUUGGGCCGUGGGACUGGACGGAGGAUGAGACGACGAUUAUACUCGAGGAGAAGGACAGAUUCAUUGCCGUUGAGGAAGAAGAGGGCCAGUGGGCUUUAUACUUUGAUCGUCACGGCGAUGAAUUGGCGCGUGUCUUGGAGGAACAAGGGAAGCUGGAUAAUGCUUUUGUGCCUGUUUCUAUGGUGCGGAGUCCUGUGGAGGAGGAAUAG